AGAAAUGUCACAUAUAUUCCCUCUCAAUUAAACAAUUUUGCAAACCAGACGCAGGCAUUUUUAUGUGUGUAGAAUCUAUUUAUUUAUUAAAAAACAAAAGAAUAACAAUUAGGAGCUAAAAUAAUGUUUAAUCCAAAAAAUUAUGAAUACGAUUGUACACGCAAGUGUCGUUUAAGAGCUCAUGGUAAUGCUAUAACUUCUGCACUAACCAAACGCUCCAUUGACGAUGAAAAGUUGGCAGCAUAUGUGGCCAAGGCUUGUUGCAAUUAUGCCGAUAUUGUAGAUGAUUUGGGACGUUCGGCUGUACAUGUGGCAGCCUCAGUGGAUCGGUAUGAUAUAUUAGAAUGGUUACUAAAUCAGGGCUCUAUUAUAAGUGGCCGUGAUUUUGAAUCGGGCAGCAGUCCUUUACAUCGUGCUAUUUUUUAUGGUUGCAUAGACUGUGCCAUACUGCUGCUGCGCUAUGGUGCCAGUUUAGAUAUUUUAGAUGAAGAUACCCGCUCACCACUACAACAGGUCUGUCGUUUAAGUGACUAUCCUUUAAAAUAUAAAGUAAACUCAAAUAAUGAACUUUUAGUUUGGGGCUCUAAUAAAAACUACAAUUUGGGUGUUAAUAAUGAUCAGGGCACUGAUCAUUUGCCACAAAUGUUAGACUAUUUUCGCAAAGAACAAAUUUCUAUACAAGCAGCCGCUUUGGGAGCCUAUCAUAGUUUAUUUUUGGAUAAAAAAUCUAAUUUGUAUGCGGUGGGUCACGGUAAAGGUGGACGUUUAGGCUCCGGUAAUGAGAAUAGUUUAAGUACUCCCAAAAAAGUCAAGAUUCCUUUGAAAAAUUCGGGCGAGGAAAUCAUUUGUAUUAGUGCUUCACGCAAACAUUCCUUAGUUUUGACCAAUUACUCUUUGGUCUUUGCCUGUGGCCUCAAUGACAAUCAACAGUUGGGUAUACGUGAAGCGGGUGAAAAGUGUUUAAAUUUUAAAGAAGUUUCAACUUUAAGAAAUUGUGAUGUUGAAGGUUUGCAAAAAGUUAUAGCCAGAGAUUAUCAUUCUUUGGCCUAUUCGGAAAAGUGUUUAUAUGUUUGGGGUACAAAUUUAGGACAAAUGGGCCUUGAUGCUAAUACGAAAACUAUACAAUUACCUAAAAUGAUGAAACUGCCACCCAAAACCUCUAUACAAUUUGUAGAAGCUAAUAACACUGCCACAGUGGUAGUAACCAAGGAUAAUACUAUAUUAUUAUAUCAUAAUUAUAAAAUGAAAUCUCUAAAGUCACCUAAUUAUGAAUCCCUUAAAAGUGUAGCUGUUAUAGAGGGCGACAAUGCCAGAUCAGAAAAGGGUUCAGCAAGUGCUUUAAAACUAUUAAUAUUAACACAAACCAAUGUGGUUUUUUUCUGGUAUCAAUUAACACAAAAUUUUUAUAGAUGCUCCUUCUCCAAUAUACGCUUAAAUCAAAUCGAUAAAAUUCUUUAUAAAGGCAAUCAGGUAUUGAUACUCUCCCAGGGAGAUAUUUACAAAGGAAAAUCCCAACAAAUUUCAGUGCCGCCUUUUAACAACAGCAACGAAUCAACAGCUACUUCAAAAUCUCAGGGCAAUAUCUGGUCACGUAGUGAUCAUCGUUCUGCUGAAAUGGCUAAAGAUUUUAAGAUUCGCAUUGAAUUACAACAUCUAACACAUAUCGAUCGUGCUGUAGAUGUGUUUUGUGAUGAUGAUUUUGCCUCAUUCGCUGCUUUACAGGAAUCACAUGUUAAAUAUUUCAAAUUACCUGCUCUUAAUCCGGAAGAAUAUACUUUUAAGAAAUUGUUUAAUGAUGUUUGUGAAUAUGAUGCCAUACAUGAUGUUGUGUUUCAUGUAGUUGGUGAUAAGUUUCCGGCUCAUAAAUUUAUAGUAUAUGCUCGAGCUCCGGGUUUGAGAGAAAUGAUUGCCUCAAAAGAUGAAAAGGAAGUGCAUAUAAGUUUUCAGCUUUUAACGGGUAAAAUGUUUGAAUUAAUAUUGAAAUUUAUUUAUUCAAACUAUUUGCUCAAUGAACAAGAUCUGGAAGACAUACAAAGUAGUUUGCAUACGGAUAGUCCUGCUGAAUUGGAUGAUGUUUGUAGAAUAUUUCUAAAUUUUGUUGAACAAUUUCAUAUCACAAAUUUGGCCAACUACUUGAAAUACUACUUGCAACAAUCACCCUUCUACCUGCCACACAUGGUCGAUAAAUCCAAAUAUCGUUUUAAUCGUUUGCGACACAGUGAUUAUCCUCAAUUCUAUGAUGUACGCAUUCUAUGCGAAAAUAAUAUAGAACUGCCAGCUCAUAAAUGUGUCCUAGUGGCACGAUUGGAAUACUUUGAAAUGAUGUUUACACAUACAUGGGCAGAACAGACCACAAUUAAUUUAUCCACUGUACCCAUUGAAUAUAUGCAGGCCAUUAUUGAGUUUCUCUACAGUUUAGAUGUUGAACAUUUUCGUAAGCAACAGUAUCGUGAAACGUUCCUUUACAAUAUGAUUGUAUUCUGUGAUCAAUUCUUUAUUGAACGUUUAAGGAAAGUAUGUGAAAUUUUACUCUUGGACAAGAUAUCGAUAAGAAAAUGUGGUGAUAUGUUGGAUUUUGCCUGUAUGUACAAUUGUGAGCUGAUGAAAAAGGGUUGUUUGGAUUUUAUUUGUCAAAAUUUAGCUAGAAUUCUACUACAAAAGACACUAUUCAAUUGUGAGCCGGAGGCAUUGAAAUGUAUCAAUCAACAUUAUCGUGAUAUGUUUAAGGAGAUCUUUGAUUAUCGCAUUAUAACACCCGAUUCUGAGGCAGUCGAUGAUGAUUGUUUGUGUAGUUUUGUGGAUGAUUUUCAGGUGGAUCUUAGCUAUCGCAUGGAUGAGGAAGAACAAAUACGCUAUAGAACAGCACAGAAGACUAAAGCAAAAGAAAAUAAAACUAAACUAACAACUAGACAAUAUGAAAGAGAGGCUAUUAGCUCUAUGAUGGAAACAUUAAAUGUAAAGGAAACUACUGAGAGAACACGUAAGAUUUCGGAAAAAUCUAAAGUAGUUAAAGAAGCUGAGGAGGUGAGCAAUAAAUUGCAAAAUGAAGCCAAGUUAUGGAUGAAGGUGCUGGAUAAAAAAGAACUUAAAAAGAAAGUAUCAUUGGAUCAGGCAUUAAAGGUUAAUGAGAUUAUAAAACAGGAAGAACCCACGAGUCCUAAUUAUGUGUCUAUAAAUAAAAUAAAUGAAACAGUUAACAAAACCCCCGAAAAAGAGUUAGGAAAGGAAUUACCCUCUACUAGUUCUAGCUCUAAGUUAUAUAAUAUCAAUCUAUCCGAUUUAACUACACCGCCUAGAGAGAAACUAUCACAAAAACAACGUAAACGUUUAACAUCUGAAAGUUCUAAUGCUGUGGGUUCUUGGCGUGCUGCUGCUUUGGUAGAAAACAAACCGGCUAGUGUAGUUCAAACUCCUAAUGCUUGGGGUAUAGUACCACAAUCUCCCACCUCAAAUAUGGACUAUGAUACACUUUAUUCAGCAGCCAUUGGCAGUUCAGCUGAUCCCUCAUCUUUUGCCAAUAUGAUAAAAUCAAAUACUAAAACUUCUACAACAACAGCCUCUAACACAAAUGCCAAUAAUAGCUUUAGCCAGAUAUUGGCUGAAGAGAAACGUCAGCGUGAAUACUAUGAACGCACCAAGCACAAGUCUUUGGUCUUAACACAAAUUGAAGAACAGGCUAUUGCCGAAUUGAAAGAAUUCUAUAAUGUGGAUAAUGUCACCGAUGAGAUAAUAACCAUACAAAGAAAAUCCAUACAACCCACUAUAAAUUUUGCCAUUUGGCAAAGAAACUGAAAUGUUGGACGUAAACCAUGAUUAAGGUAAUUUUUUUUU